GGUGUGAGUAUGGAGCCUGCUACGGCGACAACUUAUUGGUGAUGAGAUGCAGCUUGCUACGAAUAACGCCGCAGUGUCUUCUUCUUCUCCGGCCCGUCAAUGGAAAUACGAAGUUUUUCUAAGUUUCCGAGGGCAAGACACCCGCAAGAGUUUCGUUAGCCAUAUGUACACUGCAUUACAUAAUAAAGGAAUUCUGACCUUCAAAGAUGACAAAAGGCUUGAGCACGGAAAAUCCAUUUCCACAGCACUUCUGAAAGCAAUUGAGGAGUCAAGGCUUGCCCUCGUCAUUCUUUCACCAAACUAUGCCAAUUCAUCGUGGUGUUUGAAUGAGCUUGUCAAGAUUAUGCAAUGCAGAAAAGAUAUGGGGCAAGAAGUCGUGCCAAUCUUUCACAAUGUGGAUCCAUCUGAGGUGCGCCACCAAAUGGGAAGGUUCUUGCUGGCCGUGAGGAAUGUAACAGAGCAUGAAGAAGUUUAUUCUGAGGAUAGGAACAACAUAAACCGGUGGAGGGCUGCUUUAAGAGAGGUGGCUGGUCUUAAGGGCUGGGAUUUACAACAUUGGGUGGAGGCAGAACUUGUAGAAUCCGUUGCCACAUGGGUACUAAACCGUUCAUUGUAUGCAUCUUCGACUGUCGACGAGGGCUUGGUAGGAAUGGAAUCUCGCAUUGAUAAAAUACUACAAGAUCACAUAUGUGGAUGGACAACUGACUGCGUACGCAUUAUAAGGAUACAUGGGAUGCGAGGAAUUGGAAAAACGACAGUUGCCAGAGCUGUUUAUGAUCAAAUCUGUCACCACUAUGAACGUAGCUGCUUUCUUUCCAAUGUUAGAUCUGAAACUUCUAAAAACGGUCUAGUUUCUUUACAAGAAAAACUUCUCUCCAAAACCCUGGUGGAAAAAAUUGGAAACAUAGAGGAUGAGCAUAUGGGAGCUGCUAUGAUAAAAAAACGGUUAGCGUUUAUCAAGGUGCUUGUUGUUGUUGAUGAUGUGGAUCAAUUAGCACAAUUAGAAAAAUUGGCUGGAGGUCGCGACUGGUUUGGUCUAGGGAGUAGAAUUAUCAUAACGAGUACAGAUGAACAUUUGUUGAAGGUGCAUGGUGUUGAUGGAAUAUACAAGGUCACUGCCUUAGACCAUGACGAGGCUCUUAAACUUUUGAGUUCAAAAGCGUUUAAGAAGGGCGAUCACCGUGAAGAUUAUUUGAGUCUUUGCAGCGAUAUAGUACAGUAUGCUGGUGGUCUUCCAUUAGCUAUCGUUGUCGUAGGUUCCUUUCUAUGUGGCAGAAGCAUCCUCGAAUGGAAAAGUGCCAUAGAUAGGCUGAGGAAUACAUCAGAUAGAAGUAUCAUGGAUGUUCUUCACAUUAGUUUUGAUGGACUAAGGGAAACAGAAAAAGAAAUAUUUCUACAUAUUGCAUGCUUUUUUAAAGGGAAGGAUAGGGUUCGUGUGACCGAGAUACUACACUAUUGUGGGCUCUACCCUGAGAUUGGGUUAACUAUUCUUUCUGAGAAAUCUCUUAUUACUUUUUCCAGCAACAAGCUGGAGAUGCAUGGUUUGCUACAAGAAAUGGGAUGGCAAAUAGGAACAAACGUAGUUCAAGGGAUAGUUAUAGAGUUGCCUAUAUUAGAAGUGGCUCAUUGGAAUCCAGAAGCAUUCUCAAAUUUGUCUCAACUUCGUUUUCUCCAAGUUCAUAAUGUGCAUCCUUCCCAAGGCCUCACUUGUCUUCCGGAAUCCUUGAGACUCCUCGAAUGGACUGGGUAUCCCUUAAGAUCUCUCCCACAAUAUUUCCAACCAGAUGAAGGUUCCCUUACCUGGUGA